GUUUUUUCAAACUAUGGAGCCGAAUUUUUACUCGAAGCACAGCGACGUGCAAAAAGUAGACAACGCGUACGUAAUUAAAAAGUAUUCGCGCUGGAUCAAAUGGGAAACGAGGGGUGCCAGGAUUCUGGACGUGGGCUGCGGGGACGGUUUCACCACCACCGAGCUGUUGUUGCCCCGCAUACCUCGGAAUUUCGAAAAACUCGUUGGCAGCGAUUUGUCGCAGAAAAUGGUAGAUUUCGCCAAUGCAACGCGACAAAAGGAAAAUAUCACUUUUCUGCAGCAGGAUAUAGGCGCCGAUAGUUGUCAGCGGGGGUUGGUCGCGCAGUUUGACCACGUUUUUUCGUUUUACUGCCUCCAUUGGGUUCCGCAUCAAAAAAACGCGUUCGCGAACAUUCACGAGAUGUUGCGACCUGGCGGCGACGUAUUGUUGAGUUUCCUGGGAAAUCAUCCGCUGUACGACAUUUACGAAAACUUGUCGAAGAAAAUUCAAUGGGCGCCCUAUUUUCUUAAAGACUUCGUCUCGCCCUACCACCACUCCAAGCGCCCCGAAGAAGACGUAAAUAUUUUUAUGAGACAAUCGGGAUUUAUCGGUUGUAACUGCGUAGUGGAAACUAGGCGUUUCGUUUUUGACACUUGGGAUCAAGUUACAAAAACCUUAGCUGCGAUUGAUCCCACAAUUAAGCAAUUGGGAUCAGAGGACCAAUCAAAAUAUAUCGCCGACUUCAUCGAAGAAGCCAGAAAGGUCUUGUGGGAUAAGUUGGUGACUUCCAAUAACAACAACGAGGAGAAAAUUCCCAUCGAUUACAAAUUGAUCGUUGUUUACGGCCGAAAAUCGAGCAAGGUGGAGCUGUGACAUUUUCUUGUUUUGUUUAAGUAGAGUAUACGGGGUAGCUACUUUUAAAGUAUCCAUUGGAAACUGGAAAAGAAAACUAAGAUUCUCAAAGCUAGAAAACUACUUUUUAAAUUUAUUUAUUAUUUCUAUCAAAAAGUCGGUUCUCAAACGGUUAAUAUAGAAUUUCUUGCAGCUUUUUAGGCAUAGUAUGAAUGCUUAAGAAAAAGUCUUUUUAAUUGACAAUAUUAUAAGUAACAAUUUUAAAAAUUAUGCAAUUUUUUUUCCUAUAUCACCCAGUGGACACUUUCAAACCACCCGGUAUAACUCGCGAUUUUAAGAAAUUUAUUUGUUGUGAUUAUGUUAUUUAAUUAGUAGUAUACCUUAGGUAAAUUAAACUAUUAGUUCAUUGCAUUAUUUUAAACAAUCGCCUGCAGGGAAACACGCUUUUAUAAAGAAGAUAAUAAGAUAGAUGGUAGAGAAUCUAUUUUGUACAGAUAUAUUUAAGUAAAAUAAAUAACUAUAUAUUUACCUAUUUGCUAUGUGCUCUGGUGAAGAUUAAAAUGGAGCGUGCACAGACAAAAAUUACUCGCCUUUUCAUGUGAAAUUGUAAGGUGAGUUUUUGUUGAGUAGUAUCAUAUUGACCAUUGUACUUAGGAAAUGUUUUGAUAUGAUCAUUGGAUACUGUGUGUCGUGUGACCAUUGUUCUUAGGAAAUGUUUUGAUAUGAUCAUUGGAUACUGUGUGUCGCAAUUAACUAACUGUGAAAAAUAAACCUUUCGCAACAGUGUAUAAAACAUUUUUUCUAGAGGUAAUAGAAG